CCCUGUUGGAAAGCUCCUGUUUUCAUCACGUUUCUGGUUUUAGUUGACCUGUGUAAACAUGACAUGCAUUAGGAUUAUAUGAGACAUGACUUUUGCCUUUGGGGUUUUUUUUUUUUUAGUUUUUGGCUGAAACAUGAACGAUAUCAUGGAAGAACAAGAGACAGACAAUCUUGCUGGUGAUUCUUCGAAGUCGACGCGAAUAACGAACGCGGGUUGUGGCGACAAACCCAAGGCCGUUCUAGAUGGGGGAAAUAAACUGGUUGAGAAGAGAGGACCGUAUCUUAUGUCCAAGGUUCCAGCUAUACACAUGAAACUACAGAAACACAGAGAGAUGGCGAGGAGAGCGUUAAAGAAGAAAGGCAAACCCCUUGUACUGCCACUCAGGCAUGGUGCUAAAACUGUGAAGUUCAAUAAGGGAUAUGCAGCACUUAGCCAGGAUCCAGAAGAUGCGAUGUCUUUGGAAUCGGACAGUGAUGUCGAGCUGGAGCAGAACUCAUCUGGAUACUCUUCUGCAGAGGUGCACCCGGAGGUCAGUCGGCAGCUCCUGCUUGAUGGCUAUCGGCUGGAUGAGAUCCCCGAUGACGAAGACCUGGACCUUGUGCCUCCCAAAACUGUUGCUUCCUCCAUCUGCUGCUGCCUGCCCCACCCGUCCUGCUCCAUGCAGUGAGCCCUGCUCCACCAGCAGUGCCCUUAAGCCUUGACCUUAACCUUCAGCCCGUAGCCCACUGUGCUGGCCAGCACGGCCAAUGUUCUGGUCAGGAUUGUCGCCGAGGCAGUGUAAAUCCUAAUGAUUUGCUGUGUAAGGUUCCCAGAGCCUCUGUGAUGAUCUCGGUCAUCUCCUGUCUUUUUCCAAAGAUCAUGACUGAAUAGAGCUGUCCUCUUUGUGACCCUUAAUUAUGCGUUUCUUCUUAUGAUGACUUUGCAUUGUGCUUCUGGUGACACUUUUUGGAAAAGCAUCAAAAUGCAAAGGUCAUUGUAAGUUGGCAGGAUGUGUGCAAGCCUUCAACACUAGCCUUGUCUAGUAGGUGACACGUUUUGUUUUUCUUUCUUUUUUGGGUACAACAGUCACCUCAGUAAACUUCAGCUUUGAUCCAGGUUACAUGUCCUCCUCAGGCUAGCUCAUAAUCCCUCACCACUCUGAAACUGUUUCGCCAUCCUUGACAUUACCAAACAUUUGUUCACAAACAAAAAAAUGCGUGGUCGUCUUCCUCUUUUUUUUUUUUUGGUUUGUUUGUUUUUACAGUGACCUUUCAAGGGACUGGUCAGGUAGCUCGAAUAUUUAGGUCAACUCAAGAGAGAUUUUGUGGGGAUUUUCACAAGACACCAGAAGUCUCAUCGGCUGAGGACUUCACGCUUUGCUCAUUCCUCUGUUUCUGCUGAGCAAACGCAUCUUUGUGAUUUAAAUGGAGCUGAAUCGGGCAUGUCAAGUCAUGGCAGGCAGAAAUGCCAUCUGACUAACAAGGCAUCACUAACAAGGUUAUUUCAUUAGUGAGUGGGUUUUGUGCAGGGUUGGAACACUUACCUAUACACGUUGGCCUUCGUACUAAAGUAGCCACAUCGUAGGCUGUCUUCUCCCAACUCAGUCCUCGGAAACACUGAUAUAGUCCACGUCUUUGCUAUGUACGAAUUGUGCUCUUGAUUGCUCAUAUCAGCUGGGAUAGAUCAAAUACAUUGACUGUCUGGGUGUCCCUGAGGACUGGACCGGACAAAUGUCCCUCCUUUUUGGACAGUUUUAACCAGGUUGUAAAGCGGAGUUCUCAGUCUGCCACCCUGCAUGGCUACAGCCCAGAGUGCUGAGCAGAUGUGGCAAUCUGAUCUGGGCAUGGUAGGGAAGACCCUACACAAUCACAUCUGCGACGUUCAAAGCCUGGAGCUGCACAACAUUAACGGUGACAUGGAAGGAACACGCAGGGCCCUGCCUCCAAAAAGAUAAUCUUAAAUACUCACUCUGCUGUUUUAUGAUGCUUUUGGGAAGCCCAGCCCUGAUCUGUUACAAAUGUAGUGUUAUGUCAUGGCCUGGACACUCAGCCCGCAUACUACAUGUUUCUGUCAUUUUCACCUGUACUUGAGGGAAGACACCUCGCUCUGCUCAAGCAUGUAAGGCUGUUUUCUCUCCUGGUCUAUGCAUUUAUAUUACACAAGCUUUACUUUUUAGCUUGAUGUUAAGCUUUAAACGUUUGCUGUAACACUAGCACUUUUAUUUCUUUUUUUUAAGGUUAUGCGAAUGUGAGAUUCUCAUUUUUGCCCUGUUGAAAACCUUUGUGUGAGUACACAGGGAGGCGUGCUCCUGCCCCCGUGUGUAAUACUGGACGCUGUGUAACCCAGAACAGCAGGGAACUAUAUUUUAAAGCCUCUCUACAACAGCAUGAAUACCAACAUGGGCUGGCAUUGAGUUUACCAACACAGACGGCCUGUAAAUGUUAAUCUUAUGUCCACCGCAGGAGAUCUGUUACUCAGAAGCUGCUGGAGUUUUGAAAAAACAGCUGACCACCUGCAGUGAUUUUGGACUUUUUCUGGCAGAAAACAGCUGCUUGCAGUGAUUGACUUGAGUGCAGUAUUUUAUAAACGCACUGUGUUCUUAAGGUUUAAUUGUUACUGGUUUGUGGGGAAGCAGGUCUAGUUUCUUUCCUUUUGAUGAUGUUAUUCACGUACUUUUCGUUUCUGUCCAGUUUUGUGAACACUUCUUCAUCUCCUGGGUUUUUGAAAGUAAUGGGGCAUUUCUGGGUGCAGCACACGUAUUCUCUGAGUGGAACGUGGUCGGAGUGAGCUAAACCACUCUCCCUGCUAGAGCAGCCAGAGUCAGCACAACGCAAACACAUGCUGCUCCACCAGAUGGACCCCACCCCCUGACAAAAGAGGGAGAGGAACUGUUGGAUUUGACUUACAGCUUCAUACUCUUGGCUGUAACCAUUCCCAACAUUUUACUAUUAUAAAAAUAAGAAUGAAAAAGAGGGAAACCAAGAAUUAAAGGUAUUUCCAAGGAUUUGCCAGGUGCUAGCUAUUGUCAGGAAAUAUGGAGUCCAUCUUAUACGAUGUGUUACACAUAUAACUUGAGAGGGAGGCUGGUUUCAUGGUAUGUUUUAAGUUACUGCAGGUUUUGGAUGGAGAAAAAGAACUUUGACUCUGUAGCUACUGACUGAAAUAUUAUUUACUGUGUGUUCUGUGAAGGGGUGCAUUUUGAGUAGGUGACUUGCACAUAAAUGUUGCACUCAGACCACAAAACAGUCUGUUACACCACUGUUCUAUGCAACUAACUGGACAAUCUGUUCACAUAGCAUAUGGUGACUGCUAACCAAUACUCGGUUUAAGAUGCAAUAUAACGUUUUGUUGGGGGGGGGGAUUUGUAUCUAAAUGUAACCAUAUUUUUGGAAUAAUAACACACCUGUGUAGUAUCUGACCGUUUAUUGUAAGCAAACUGAUAAAUAUUCCGUAUUAAAGUUUACUUCGGAUUCUG